AUGUCGUGGCUUUUUGGUUCCUCCAGUGAAAAGAGUGCACCUGCUACCCCUGAAUCAAAGGCUCAGCCUGCUCAAUCCGAAAAGCCUAAGCCUUGCUGCGUUUGCAAAGACGAGAAGACUGCCCGCGAUGACUGCAUGCUUUUCUCCAAGUCCGAUGAUCCCGCCAAAGAGUGUCAGCCUAUGAUCGAACAGUACAAGACAUGCAUGGCUGGCUUUGGCUUCAAGGUCUAG